CGGCGCGCCGCCCCACCAAUCGGUGCCUCCCGAAGAACUCGGCGGUCACGUUGGCACGGACGUGCAUUGCCGCCAACGCUGUUAAUCAUUAACCACAUCCGCUUUAUUCUAGCAAAUCGAGAUUCGGUCUUGAGCUGUACGUAGCAAAUUUUCCAGCGGGUUCGGUUUGAUUUCAUAUUAAAAUCAUAACAAAAGUGAUUUUUGGCAUUAUGCAUUCGUCUGACUGGUGCGGUACAUGAACUGCCAAUUGGGGGGCGGUCGGGAGGCACCUCCCGAAAAACACAUGGUGCACUGGUUUCGAAAGGGUCUACGUCUGCACGACAACCCGUCACUGCGUGAGGGUCUCAAAGGGGCCAAAACAUUUCGAUGCGUGUUUAUUCUAGACCCAUGGUUUGCUGGUUCGUCAAAUGUUGGGAUUAACAAAUGGCGAUUUCUCCUGCAAUGCUUGGAGGACCUUGAUAAAUCUCUACGAAAACUAAACUCUCGUCUAUUCGUGGUACGUGGGCAACCCGCCGAUGCACUCCCGAAAUUAUUCAAAGAAUGGGGAACCACCGCGUUGACCUUCGAAGAGGACCCUGAACCCUUUGGUCGCGUGCGCGACCACAACAUCACGACAUUAUGUAAUGAGUUGGGUAUUACGGUGAUCCAAAGAGUGUCGCAUACCCUUUACCACUUGCAACAUAUUAUUGACCGUAAUUCUGGACGGGCCCCACUAACUUAUCAUCAAUUUCUUGCUGCAAUUGCGUGUAUGCACCCACCUCCACAAGCAGAGCAACCCGUUACAAUUAAAACCCUUAACGGAGCGCACACACCUUUAACCGAGGACCAUGACGAUAAAUAUGGAGUGCCUACACUAGAAGAAUUGGGUUUUGAUACUGAAGGUUUAGUGCCACCUGUAUGGCAAGGUGGUGAAAGUGAAGCUUUAGGAAGAUUAGAGCGUCAUCUCGAACGCAAAGCAUGGGUUGCAUCAUUUGGUAGACCUAAGAUGACCCCACAAAGUCUACUACCUUCCCAAACAGGAUUAUCACCAUAUUUAAGAUUUGGAUGUCUAUCUACUAGAUUAUUCUACUACCAGUUGACUGAUUUAUACAAAAAGAUAAAGAAAGCAUUUCCACCUUUGUCCCUACAUGGACAACUCCUUUGGAGAGAGUUUUUCUACUGCGCAGCAACAAAAAACCCGAAUUUUGAUAAAAUGAUAGGAAAUCCUAUCUGCGUUCAAAUUCCAUGGGAUAAAAAUGCUGAAGCGCUUGCAAAAUGGGCUAAUGGUCAAACUGGAUUUCCUUGGAUAGACGCCAUCAUGACACAGCUGCGAGAAGAAGGAUGGAUCCAUCAUCUUGCCAGACACGCAGUUGCUUGCUUUCUCACCAGGGGCGACUUGUGGAUAUCCUGGGAGGAAGGCAUGAAGGUGUUUGAAGAGUUGCUGCUCGACGCUGAUUGGUCCGUCAACGCGGGUAUGUGGAUGUGGCUGUCGUGUUCAAGUUUCUUUCAGCAGUUUUUUCAUUGUUACUGUCCGGUCAAGUUUGGAAGGAAAGCCGAUCCGAAUGGGGAUUAUAUCAGAAAAUACCUGCCAGUAUUAAAAAACAUGCCCAUUCAAUACAUCCACGAGCCAUGGACAGCUCCAGAAAGCGUUCAACGCGCUACAAAAUGCAUUAUUGGUAAAGAUUACCCACUACCGAUGGUAAACCAUUCGGUAGCCAGCCGUAUCAACAUUCAGCGCAUGAAGCAAGUCUACCAGCAGCUGGUGAAGUAUCGUAUCGCUGGAAAUGACCGCAGCGACAGCUGCUAUGCUGAAAAAUGCAAGGAUGACUACCAGCCACAGCUCGUCACCGUCGGCAAGCACCACAACCAGUGCCCGCUAAUGAAAUAAACUCCACGCGCACAGGCAACAUCCAAGA